UCGCACUGAGAAGAAAUCCAAGUCAACAGCAUCUGUUAGACGUCUUCCUCCCCCAAGGCAGAUGGCUGGCCUGUGCUGGAUGGCUGUGAUGCUGGCCUUCCUCCUGUCUGUUCCUAAAAACAGUUUGGCUGAUGAUUACAACGGCAGGCUUCCACAAAUUGUAAACGGCAUCUUGAGAGGGUAUGGAGUACAAGGUAUGUUCAGUCUGGCUGUAAGGAUCCCGAAAUACCAGAACCAGAACCAGAACCAGAACAUUAAUCAAAUCCUUAAUCAAGUAUUCACAAGUGAUCCUGCCAACAAUGUGAAGAAUACGAUGAACAACGGUGAUGUGUACACCGGCAGCCGGGUGGUUGCAGCCAAAGUUCAGAGACACGACACGGGAGGAGCUGAUCACGCAGAGUCACGCGUCGUAGACCACUUCAACCACCUGCUCAACACACGUAAUGAUAAUGAUUUUCUGCUUUUCUAUGUUUAUGCCUCCCCAUGUGUGGAAAAAUGUACAAGCCGCACGCAUAAUGAUAACAUUCUCCAAAGGAUGAAUCAAAUUCUGGAAUGGGACAGUUACGCAGUUGUGUUUUCUAAAAUAUUCAAGCCCAAAAUUGGUCCAGGAAAUACUGACGAGCAGCGUAGUGGCGCCCUUCAGCAACUCGGGACGUACCAAGGUACCCGAGGUCAAAUUGGUCUAAACAACAUAUUCCGUUGUGAUAAACAAGCUAAUCAGAUGCAAUGCAGCGUAUGCUCCAGUAGUAAUGGAGUUGCUCACUACUGCAUUUCUGAUGGUACAGGAUGAUCCAGUAGAAUGGGUGGCAGAGGGUGGGUAGGUUCAGCAUCUAACGUGCUC